UUCUGGCCGGAUACCAGGUAACUUAACAGUAAUGGCGGCGUACAGUGACUUUUUGACAGAUGAAGGUUUCUCGAAAUUCGAAGAGGCGAGAAGGCUUUCGGAGGAGGAUUCUAAAAAUGACCCAGAAACCAACCCUUUCAAGUCCAAGUAUGCGGCCAGGGAAAUUCUUCAAGAUCUGCGUGCUAAACUGGAGAAAUACUAUGGAAUUCAAACUGACCAACAGGCCCCACAGGACACGGACCUGCAUGUCAUGCUAGCCUGCUUGCGCUACUUGCUGGGCCUGAAUUUUGUGGACACCGAAGAGACGUCGUCCGGGGAGGACUACCUGAUGGCCUGCCGCAAGAUGUUGGAGCCACACUGCCUGGAUAGCCGGGCGGUCUCGCUGGCUGUGGCUACUCUCAAUCAGCUGGGGAUCCUGUGGAGUGGCAGGAGGGAGUCAGAGAAGGCGCUGGAGUUGUUGCUGGAAGCAGAGAGUGUUUACAAGAAGUACAAGCACGAAGUCGGAGUUGCGCCAUUCGGAAUGAAUGAGCUUUUUGUGGCAGAAGAAAACAGACUUAGUGACCACCAACGGCAGCAGAAAUUUGAGAAAGCUUACACGCACACGCUGUACUACCUAGCCCAGGUGUACGGUAAUCUGGGAGAGAGCAAGAAGUCUGCCAGCCACUGUCAUGAGACGUUGAAGCGUCAACUCGAGACCGAUCAGUAUGAACCAAUGGACUGGGCUUUGAACUGUGCAACGCUGUCGCAAUACUACAUCACCCAGGACGACUACACACAGGCGCGCCACUGUUUGGCGAGCGCAACUCGUAUCUAUGCCGAGGCACUAGAGAAAUUGCCAGCUGUGGAAACUGAAGAGGAUCAGUACAAUGAUGACAUCGACAAACUCAAACGUCACAAAGCGGACAUAGCAAGGUGCUGGCUGAAAUACUGCCUGGCCCUACUCAACCUAUCCAAAGACAGUCUAGAAAACCAGAGAACCGAUAGUUCACAGGACACAGAGAAUCAACAACAGAAUGAGUGUGCUUCAAACAGUGAAUCGCAACCCUCAAUAAAGCAAGAAUCCCCCGAACGGGAAAACUGCGAAACAGACGACGAAAAUCUGAAGAAACUGGCAUCGCAGUUUGAAGGGCUGGAGUUGACGUCGUUGGAAAACAAAGUCACGGACAAAUGUGUGGUGACAUUUGAUGAGGCUCGUGAGAUAUUCCUAGCUGGACAGAAGUGGAUACUUGAAGCCAAAGAAUACUACGUAUUGGACGGCCAUGUUUCUGACUACAUAGAGAUUGUUAGAGAUCACAGCGCUCUGUUCAGAGUGCUCGCAUCCUUUGAGGUGGACUUGGAGCGACGCUGUAAGAUGCACAAGCGUCGAGUGGACAUGCUACAAGACAUCUUGAAGGAACUGAACCCGCAACAUUUCCUGAUGGUGUGUAGGCAACUCAUGUAUGAGUUGGCGGAGACCACGAGUGAAAUGAUGGAUUUGAAGCUGGCCAUAGCUGAGAUUUCUGGGGUUGCACCAACGACCCACGUCUGUAAUAAAAUCAACCUGUUAAUAAAUCAAAGUUUGGACUACUUCCAACAGUUCCUCGAUUCGUUAAGAGACGCUGAACAGAAGAUGCCGUCGACGCUUGAGGAGGAGGUCAUGAGACCGGCUCUGGUGGCGUAUUUCUGCAAAGCUAGAUUACAUUCAAAGAUCAUCACGCCCAACCCAGAACAGAGAAUAGAAAACUUGUCCACAAGCUUAAGAAAUUACAAGUUUGUGGUAGAUUACUGUAAGAGCCACCCAGAUGCUAUGGAGAAAAUGCAGGCCGAGUAUGAACUUUGUGAGGAGAUGGUUGCACUACUUCCAGCACGCAUUGCGCAGGUCGAGAGAGAAUGAAAAUACCAGGUAACCGUGGCAACCUCCAAGCAAAUAGGACUGUCAAAAAUGUCAGGACUUCAUAUGACACUCUAUCAUGAAUAUGAUAAUUAAUUAAUUUGAAUAAUGUAAUUGAAUGUUGGUUUGAAUUGAACUUCUGUCAACAAAGAAUUUACAAGUUAGACUUCUGCUUGAAAUCAACCUUCUUGUGCAAACUCCAAGUAACUAUUUAAAUGUCAUUAAGAGUCCAAUAUAAAAAAAGUGGUGCAUAUUAACGUCAGUAAUUUUGAGAGAAAUAGACUUUCAGUGUUGAACUGAAAUUUUUUGAGGCAAAAGGUACUCUGUAGUGAGCAAUGAGUUGCUCUUUUUGUUUGACUGAUGCUUAAUUUGUGCACAUUCCAACAUAAAAGGCUUUUAAAAUGCCAACUUUAAAGUCAUUUAUAAGAUUGUUCCAAUUUCACAGCUCAACUGAAAAACAAGGUUAAAACAGUUGCUACUAACAUUGAAACAGUUUGAAAUUCAUUCCUAGAUUUAUAAGCUCAAAGUGAGUGUACAAAGGUCUGUGUAUAAUAUGCAUACAUUUUAUAUUUUGUUUUUUGAUAUUUCAGUUACAUAAAGAAAUGUUGUUUUAAUGCGAGUCAGUGUAAGUGUGUGAAAA